AUGGGUUCAAACUCUGAUGAGAUCAUCACAGAAAAUAUGGAUGCCCCCACGUAUGCACCAUCUCUGCCGGUACCAAAUGUUCAGGAAAUGGUGAGGAAGGAACCUUUGCAGGUUCCUGGAAGAUACAUAAGAAACCAAGAAGAAAGACUCCAAAUGGACGAUAUGUCUCAUCUUUCUUCCCCGAUUCCUGUCAUUGAUUUGUCACUGCUCUCAACAGGAGACGUGGAGGAGCUGAACAAACUGGAUCUUGCUUGCAAAGAGUGGGGCUUCUUUCAGGUGGUGAAUCAUGGAGUGGCGAAAGAAGUGUUGCAAAAUAUGAAAGAUGCUGCAGCGGAGUUUUUCGCGCUUCCAUUAGAAGAGAGGAAAAAAUAUAAAGUGGCCUCCAAUGACAUACAAGGAUACGGGCAAGCGUAUGUAGUCUCCGAAGAUCAGAUACUGGACUGGUCAGAUGCACUGAUGCUAAUUGUUUAUCCUUCUCACUAUCGGAAGCUCAACUUCUGGCCACGCACACCCAAGGGAUUUAAAGAGAUAAUUGAAUCAUUUUCCAAUGGAGUCAAAGAAGUUGGAGAGGAGCUCCUGCGUUCAUUUUCUAGAAUCAUGGGUAUGGAUAAGGAUGCUCUUCUAGGCCUGCACAAACAAGGGGCACAGGGAAUGCGUGUGAAUUAUUAUCCCACGUGCAGUAGGCGAGACCUAGUUCUGGGGUUAAGUCCACACUCGGACUCAAGCACCAUAACAAUUCUUAUGCAAGAAGAUGAUACAGAAGGGUUGCAGAUCAAGCACAAUGAAGAAUGGGUUCCAGUUAAACCCGUUCAAGAUGCUCUAGUGGUAAACGUUGGAGAUGUUAUUGAGAUUUGGAGUAAUGGGAAGUACAAGAGUGUUGAACACAGAGCAGUGACAAACCAGAAGAAAGCAAGAAUUUCUUAUGCAUCAUUUAUCAUUCAUCAAAACGAUGUCGAGAUCGAGCAGUUAGAUCAUCAAGUGGGUUCUCAAAAGUUGAUGUACCAGAAAGUCAGGUAUGGAGAUUAUCUAAGGAGCUCCAUGAAAAGAAAAAUGGAUGGAAAGGCACAUACCGAGAUGGCAAAGAUUACAACUUAGUAUGCAUUCCUAAAUCCCAACCUCAGAGAAGGGUUGAUAUCCAACCACAAAGCGGAAUGUAAUGCUAAAAAAUGCCACUUCUUCAU